AGCAACUUAAUUAGCAGCCUUGCACAAAACGGACACAGGCUAACUGAGACAUAGCAUCGACACAUCGACCUCGCUCGAUACAUAAACCAUGGCUUCUCUCCCGUCACUCCUCCUAGCCUCCGCCGUCCUCCUCGCCGGCGCCACCUUCCUCACCCACCACUCCAACACCACCACCAAACUCAACCCCCAACCCAUAACCACAACACACCUCCACUUCUACAUGCAUGACGACUACACCGGCCCACACCCCACCGCCAUGCGCGUCGUCUCCGGCCGCUCCCUCCUCCCCAACUCCACCAAAUCCCCAAUAACAGGACGCCACUUCGGGGACAUCGUGGCGCUCAACAACGCGCUGACGGAGGGACCCGACAACAGCGGCGGAAAGAGGGUGGGCACGGCGCAGGGGUUCGCGGUGCGGGUGGCGGAAGGCGGCGUGGUGUCGGACCUGAGCAUGCACCUGGCGAUGGAGGCCGGGGAGUUCAAGGGAAGCUCCGUGGCCGUGAAAGGAAGGAUCGACAUGGAUUUGGAGGUACGGGAGUCGGUGGUUGUGGGGGGUACCGGGAAGUUCAGGCUCGCCCGUGGGUACAUGCUCAGCAGGGACUAUGAUUACACGCUCGCCGACGGGGGUGUCAUCGAGAUCGACCUCUACCUGCAGCACCACGACUAAUAGCGCUAGCUAGGCGCUGCGACACGUUCAUGUGUGCGUGAGUGUACAUGUUUGCUUGUUGCUGCUUAAUUAAUUAAUUUGCUCUGGCUGUGUUAUUCGUACGUAUUCGAAGGCAAUACUCCGUAGUACUGUUGCGCGUACUACUGCAUCUGCAUGUGGUGUUUUCGCGGGUCUGUUAACGUACUUUGAUCUCGUCGCUUUUAUGGUGGUUUUCAGUUUUUUUUAAAGGAAAAGGUCACCUGCAACUUUGUCGA